GUCGCGUUCUGUUGACAGACAAGAGAAAGGACCAAUGAAUGUUCGAGUUUGCUGCCUGGUUUUUUGAUCGACAGCUCCAAUGGCCAAUCAGAGCUCGACGUCAAGCGGUCGUUCUUCUGCUACCGCGGCAAUCAAGGGGAGAGGAAAGGCGAGGAGGGGAGGGGCUGGGGGUCAAAGAUACGCAGAGAAACGGGCUGCUGGUGGCGAAGAUGGCGGAUGGGGACAGUGGCAGUGAGCGCGGAGGCAGCAGCGGCGGCGGCGGCGGGGGAGGCAGUGGGUUCCAGCACUACCAGCGGGAGCCGGAGACUCAGGAGUUGGCCUCUAAGCGGCUGGACAUUCAGAACAAACGCUUCUACCUGGACGUGAAGCAGAACGCCAAAGGCCGGUUCAUCAAAAUCGCCGAGGUCGGAGCCGGAGGCUCCAAAAGUCGGCUGACCCUCUCCAUGUCAGUCGCGGCGGAGUUCCGCGACUACCUGGGAGACUUCAUAGAGCACUACGCCCAGCUCGGGCCUAGCACCCCGGAGCAGAUUGCUCAGUCAUCCGGCGGCGAUGACACCGGGCCUAGGCGGGCCUUGAAGAGCGAGUUUCUGGUGCGGGAGAACCGUAAAUACUACCUCGACCUGAAGGAGAACCAGCGGGGCCGCUUUCUCCGGAUCCGGCAGACCGUCAACCGAGGCCCCGGUUUCGGCGUCGGGGUGGGCGGCAUCCCCGGCGCCGGCCUGCAGGCCGGACAGACCAUCGCCCUCCCGGCUCAGGGCUUGAUAGAGUUCCGCGACGCCCUGGCCAAACUGAUCGACGACUACGGCGGAGACGACGAGGACCUGGCCGGCGGCGGCGGCGGGGCCGGGGCGUACAGCGAGCUCCCGGAGGGGACCUCGAUCAUGGUGGACUCCAAGCGCUUCUUCUUCGACGUGGGCUCCAACAAGUACGGCGUUUUCCUGCGGGUGAGUGAGGUGAAGCCCAGCUACAGAAACUCGAUCACGAUCCCGUUCAAGGCGUGGAGCAAGUUCGGGGGCGCGUUCAGCCGCUACGCCGAGGAAAUGAAAGAGAUCCAGGAGCGGCACCGGGACAAGAUGUACGAGCGGAGAACCGCGGACGAGUCGGAGGGGGACGACGUGGACGACGACUGAUGGCCAGGCGACCGGAGGCUUCUUCUUCUGACCGACCGACUGACCGAGCUGUCAACGCUGGAGAUGGACGCCGAGCGAGGAACCUGCAUGAUGACCAACCCAACUAUGAUACCACGGAGACGAAUAAACCUAUAUUUGACUGAGAAAUGUCUGUCUAUGUAAGAGAAUUAUAAAGUUUAGGUGGAUGUUCUAGAUAAAUGAUGCAGACUGCAUUAGUCAGCUCUUCUAUGAGAUUCCCCAUUGAUUUUAAAAGCAUAUAUAUAUAUAUAUAUAUUUACACAUGUAUAUCUAUUCAGAUAGAUAGAUAUAUAUAUAUAUUGAUUGUCAUUUGUUUAACCUCACCUGUAGCCCAAUGAGUUUGUCAGAGACCUAACAGUACCCGACCACUUCCUGGUUUCUAUCCAAUGGUAAGAGCUCGUCCAGCGCUGACCUGUAGUCCGAUGUGAGGAACGUUACUGAAACCAGCAGGUGCCGAACUCGAGCACCGCUCACCUGGGCCGCGCGCGUGUUUUUGUCUCGUCUUGAUGUGGGACGGCUUGUCCCGGACAAGCCCCCCGAGUGCUCCAGAGUCGCCGUCCGGGCUUCGCUUGCCGGUGAUCUGUCGCUAGCAGACGACUCAUUUGGAUUCACCGCACAGUCUGAAUAAGUCCACCCCCCACCCCCACCCCUCAGGUGCUCUGAGAGCUGAGGUUCGGUGAGGCCUCGCCCGCUCGUGGCUUGUCUCAGGGCUGAGAAAUCCCAUUCCUCUCGGAGGAAAGCCCGGCAUGGCCGCGCUGGGCCUUUGCUCUUUGGGGGUCUCCCCGUUCUUAGGGUGCAUCAUUUGGAUCCUCUAACCUUGAACUCAGACCAGGAAUGACUGAAGCAACGUUCAGUCUGAUUGUAACCGAAAAUUAGGUGCUUUUGGAAAAGAACCCCCACAAUGGGGGGGUUGUAACUAAAUAUAUAUAAAUAUCCAUGUAUACUGAAAGAGAUUUACUAACUAAAAUCAUACGUAUAGAUAGAAUUAUUUUUCAAAAGAGAUAUAUAUGUCUUGGAAAUAUGAGACAUUUAUUAGAGAGCGCUGCCUGAAGUGGUUUAUUUAAAACACUAAACUCGGAUGCAGCUGGUAUUUCAGAACCGCUUUGUUUCUUUUCCUUAACCGUUCUUUUAUCCUUUAGAGGAAAGAGUUAAACGAAUCUGGUUGAGCAGUUUGGAAAGACGACUGCGCUUGUCGUUAGAGCAUCCUCUGGUCCGGCGUCCGGCUCCCCACCUUCACCUUCUUUCAUUUGGCUCCAUGGUUUGUGAUGACAUCACGGCGUCCUGCGCUCCUCAACCAUAAGAUUCUCUUUUUGGUUUUUUUGCAUGCGGAGCUGCCUUUGUGUUCUUUUCUGGUUGCUGUACGCUGAUAUUUAUCCAGUUUUUCUUUUUAAUAGCGGUUUCAAGUUUUCUUUCUGCAAUAGACAUAAAGUUUACUUCUCAGAAAAAAAGAGCCACAACGUUCCGGCGCUCUGGGGGAAACGUCGCUGUCAUCGUCCCUCUCGUUGAAACUCGCUUUGACACAGCAGACGAAACGCCAUGUGGAGGAAAAACUCCAACCGGGAGCAAUAGUUUUUCAGAAGUUUUCUAUCAUAUUCCACAUGCGAUGGAACGACAUCCUCCUUCCUGUACUGUGUUACGUGAAAUGGCAGCUGUUUCAGUCGUGUGUGUUCUGCUGUAAUAUUCUACUUUCAACGAGAAAUAAAACAAAAAGGUUUUUGCUCAGGA